AUGUCGAUGUUCACCAUGUCUCAACAUCAUCAGUACGCCUACCCGGCUACUGCUCCCUCCCCAAGGACAUACUCUGGACACGGCACCAGCAGCGCCUUCAGCAGCUCUGCAAACCCCGACGAAGACUGGACGAAGAUCUCUGAUCUUGCUGAGCGCCGGAGGAUCCAGAACCGCAUUGCCCAGCGCAACUACCGCAAGAAGCUCAAGAGACGCCUGGAAGACCUCGAGAGACGAGCUGGCCAGGAAGGCACCACCACUGCUGAGAAGCCCGCGCAAACAAAGACCACCAAGAAGUCUGCCAACAAGACGCACAAAACACCAGUGCCGACCAAGACUAUCAACCAGGGCCAGUUCACGCCUCCCAUGCACAACGACGACGAGGUUUUUUUCGCCCACCACUACGAGGAUGGCCGUGAGAGAUCCAACACACCCCCGUUCCUCGCAUAUUCUACCUACCCCCCGCCCGAAGACAUGAUUAUGGCUCCCGCAUACACCACACAACCAUACCCCAUGGGCACCGCCGCCGAGGCAUACCCGGGAUAUCUUGCAGCAGCGGUGCCAGUAACGCUGCCGCCCAUGAAUCACUUCAACGACGCUAUAAAACGCGAGUCGUACACAAGCGACGACGGCCUGUCUCCUUACAUGAACUACGGUUACAUGUCUGGUAUCGACAUGAAUGCUCCCGGCUCUUACGACCCCACGAACCCUCAUACUCCUCCGCUCUCGCAUUCUUUCGAACACUCGGCCAACUGCUCCGAUGCUGGGUACGAGUAUCCCACAACGCCCUUGUCCAUGCCAGGGUCUCCUGGUAUGAUCCAGCACUAA